AUGCUCUAUAGACUUGUGCUCUUGUCACUAGCGGCUCAGUUCGUCCUAGGCAAGCCAGUUGAGCGCAGCCUGGAGGUGCACGAAUCUCGUGCUACGGUUCCACCGGGGUUCACGCUCAUCGGACCAGCAUCUGCGCAGACUGUGCUCAAUCUCCGUUUGGCACUAACCAGCAGCGAUACAGAUGGGCUCAUCGAGACAUUAUACGACGUCAGUACUCCGUCCAGCGCAAAUUAUGGUCAGCACCUAUCCAAGGAGGAGACAGAACAGUUCCUUGCGCCUACGCAGGAGUCACUAACGGCCGUCAAUGACUGGCUUGCUGAGAACGACAUUAACGCAACCACAAUCAACUCUGCGGGAAAUUGGCUUGCGAUCUCGGUUCCCGUCAGCCAGGCCAAUGAUAUGUUUGAUGCGGACUUCUCGGUCUUCACUUAUGGUAGCAGUGGACAACAGAGUAUCCGUACGCUCUCUUACUCCAUCCCUUCGAAUCUCAAGGGCCACUUGGAUCUCGUGCAUCCGACUGUUACGUUCACAGCUCCAGUACCGAAGCUGCCGGUCCAAAUCAAGAAGUAUAAUAUGACAAUCGGACCGAGUGCACUAGCCGAGCCAUCAGCUUGCGAAAAUGGCUAUGUCGAUCCCGCAUGUCUUCAGGCCUUGUACGGUAUUCCCACAACUCCUGCAACUGAGUCUUCGAACUAUCUUGUCGUCACUGGAUACAUCGAGCAAUAUCCCAGCCCUUCCGACCUUGAGGCAAGAAAUUCAUUUCUGCUAUUUCUUGGAAAUUUUCGUACAGACAUAUCGAGAAGUACCACGUACACUGUGGUGGAGUUUGACGGUGGGGAAUAUGACCCGAGUGAUCCCGGCGACGAGGCGGACCUCGAUACACAGUACACAGUGGGACUUGCUACGAACGUUCCCGUCACGUUUUUUUCUGUGGGUGAAGAUACAACGGAUGGCGUCUUUGGUUGGCUCGACACAGCAAAUUAUUUCCUGGACGAAACGAAUCCUCCCUCCGUGAUAACGACUAGUUACGGCUCAAAUGAAGAUGAGCUUUCCGUAAGUGUUGCAAAUAAUUUAUGCAAUGCAUAUGCUGCUCUUGGCGCACGCGGUGUUUCUGUUUUGUUCUCUUCUGGAGAUGGAGGAGUCUCGGGGUCUCAAUCUGCAUCGUGCACGGAUUUCGUUCCCACAUUCCCAUCUGGCUGCCCUUAUCUCACCUCCGUCGGUGCAACUCAAGACUUCAGCCCAGAGACGGCAGCGUCCUUCUCGUCAGGCGGAUUUUCUAACUACUUUAGCCGGCCCUCUUUCCAAAGCUCUGCGGUUGAGGCGUACCUCGAAUAUUUGGGAGAUACAAACUCUGGGCUGUAUAACGCUUCGGGACGCGCGUACCCAGAUGUUUCCGCGCAGGGCGUCGACUUCAUCAUCGCAUAUGGAGGCGAAUUUUACACGGUGGAUGGAACAAGCUGCUCAAGCCCGACAUUUGCUAGCAUCAUUUCCCUCGUUAAUGACCGCCUCGUUGCCGCAGGCCAAUCCACACUCGGGUGGCUCAAUCCGUUCUUGUAUUCUACAGGUCUUUCCGCACUCACGGAUAUUACAUCGGGAGAUAAUCCCGGAUGCGACACAAAUGGUUUCGCUGCUACGACUGGCUGGGACCCGGUCACAGGGCUGGGUACUCCCAUCUUCGCUAAUCUCUUGACAGCUGUGGGUCUCUGA